AAAUGAGGUAUAAAACAUUAUACACAUAAUUUGUCCCCAAUAUGGGAUAAAAAUAUUUCAAAGCUGAAAAGUGCUCUUAUGUAUUUUUAAAGGUCAGCAAUUUAGCGAAAGUAAAUCUUAAGUGUGUAAUUUUAGACGCGGUGUUAAAAAAAAUAAGGUCCACGAAAAUAAUUCAGUAAUCGCAACCAAAAGCCCGCUUUAAUCAAGUAUAGAAAAUGUAAAAAGUAUGUAUAGUGUAGGAAUGCAAUGUAAUUUUUUCGUCGCAUCGCCACGUGAAAACACGAACAGCCCCAAGAGACCGCCAUUCUGUUCCUAUAAACAUUACUCUUCACCGCACAGUAUGAUGUAAUCUAAUGCUAAUUAGACCGCCAUCUUAAGCUUCACCGAGUUGAUCGCUGCUUCCACCAUGACCGCCGUUAAACCCAAGCGCUUGUCUGCCCGUAGUGAGGUUCUGUUCAGUGAAACAAGCGAGGAUGGUGACUCUAGGAGUAUCCUUGAGAGCGGGCAGACAAUUCGUACUGGCAUCACCGAGGCGUCCCCGCUACUAAAAAGCGACUUAAAGAGCGUGUACCGCAGCACACGAAUCCAUGUAUGGUCGAGUAUCAAGAGCUUCCAUCAAGCCGCGUCCACUACCAUCUCCAUGGUUGAACAACUAUCCCUCGAUCGACGGGCGUCCGCGCUAAUGGCAGGCUGGAAUGUGACAAGUCUGAUCCAAGGGACAGGCACGUUGGGAAUCCCGUAUAGCGUACGUAUGGGCGGCUGGGCCGGCAUCACCACGAUACUCAUCCUCGCCUGGGUUUGCUGUUUCACCGGGAAGCUCCUUAUCGAGUGUCUCUACUCCGAGUCAAAGAGCACUGGGAAAAUCAAGCGCGUCUACACCAACUACCCCGAACUCGGCGGCGCAGUGUGGCCGAAGUUUGGGAACCACCUUGUCAGCGUGAUCCAAGUUUGCGAGAUGUUCGGCGGGACCAUCAUGUAUAUUGUACUGCUCGCGACUCUCCUCACCGACCUCUUCACGACCUGCACCCCCCUGAGGCAGCAGCACUGGGCCGUGAUCUGUACGUAUCUAGCGCUACCCCUGGCGUUUGUCAGGGGGGUGUCGGUGAUAGCAUGGGCUAGCAUGAUUUCCGUCUUCGCGUUCACAUGCGCGCUCACCACUAUCAUUAUUUACACGAUCACCCAGUACCACCAUAUGUCCAUACAAAACAUCCCCGCCUUCGACUUCACCAAGUUCCCGGUGGGUUUUGGGAUUAUCGUCUUUAGCUAUACUGCGCAUGCGGUGUUCCCUGGAGUCGAGGCUAGCAUGCGUAAUCCUCGGAUGUACCCUCGGAUGAUGAACGUCGCGUUUGUGGUCGCCGCGAUCGUCAAGACGUCCCUCGGUCUUUUAACCGUUAUGGUGUUUGGCACGACUACACAGCAAGCCGUCACCGUCAACAUGAAGAACAGCACCGUCGUCAACUACCUCUCCAACGGUUUUGUUAUCAUCAACGUGCUCUUCUCCUUCCCCAUUAACCUGUUCGUCAUCACCGAGACGCUGGACUCCAAGUUCCUGCGCUUCUUCCCUCACAUGGACCGCUCGUCCGAGUACAACUGGGCGUGGCAGGGGCUCACGCGCACCCUCGUGCUCACCCUGGCCCUGGUCCUCGUCCUUAUCGUCCCGCACUUCGCGCUCUUCGUGGGUUUUGUAGGGAGCUUCACUGGGACGUGUCUGUGCUUCGUCUUGCCGUGCUACUUCAACAUUAAGCUCAGGUGGCAGAGUCUUCAGUGGUACGAUAUCGCCCUGCGUUGGAUGGUUAUUGUGCUUGGGGCGUGCGCUGGAGGUCUUGGGGUCGUGUUCUCUGGAAAAUAACUCUCGCGUGCUCUCCUCCUUAAAGAAUGACUUUUUUGAAUAGUGUAGAUACGGAUUUAAUAUACAUAGACUGGGUAUAUUGUCAAUAUGAGUAACGAGAAAAUCUCAUUUAAAUAAACCCAGCAAUAACCUAAGUCCUAGCGAACCUAUUAACAUGAAUGUUUAAAGAAAGAAAGUCAUCGUUCAUUGAAAUGGUCGUUUGUGCUCUUAAUAAAAAUAAGCACCUACA